AUGGGACGGGAACCGAUCCUGGUCUGGCACCUGCUGGACCUCACCAGGAUGGUGGAGUACUCGCUGGACCUUCAGAACAUCAACCUGUCGGCCAUCCGCACCGUGCGUGUCCUGAGGCCCCUCAAGGCCAUCAACCGAGUGCCCAGUAUGCGGAUCCUGGUGAACCUGCUCCUGGACACGCUGCCCAUGCUGGGGAACGUCCUGCUGCUCUGCUUCUUCGUCUUCUUCAUCUUCGGCAUCAUCGGCGUGCAGCUCUGGGCCGGCCUGCUGCGCAACCGCUGCUUCCUGGAGGAGAACUUCACCAUACAAGGGGAUGUGGCCCUGCCCCCCUACUACCAGCCGGAGGAGGACGACGAGAUGCCCUUCAUCUGCUCCCUUUCGGGGGACAACGGCAUCAUGGGCUGCCAUGAGAUCCCUCCGCUCAAGGAGCAGGGCCGCGAGUGCUGCCUGUCCAAGGACGACGUCUACGACUUCGGGGCGGGGCGCCCGGACCUCAACGCCAGCGGGCUCUGUGUCAACUGGAACCGCUACUACAACGUGUGCCGCACGGGCAGCGCCAACCCCCACAAGGGGGCCAUCAACUUCGACAACAUCGGCUAUGCCUGGAUCGUCAUCUUCCAGGUGAUCACGCUGGAAGGCUGGGUGGAGAUCAUGUACUACGUGAUGGAUGCCCACUCCUUCUACAACUUCAUCUAUUUUAUCCUGCUCAUCAUAGUGGGCUCCUUCUUCAUGAUCAACCUGUGCCUCGUUGUCAUAGCGACCCAGUUCUCGGAGACCAAGCAGCGGGAGCACCGGCUGAUGCUGGAGCAGCGGCAGCGCUACCUGUCCUCCAGCACGGUGGCCAGCUACGCCGAGCCGGGCGACUGCUACGAGGAGAUCUUCCAGUACGUCUGCCACAUCCUGCGCAAGGCCAAGCGCCGCGCCCUGGGCUUCUACCAGGCCCUGCAGAGCCGGCGCCAGGCCCUGGGCCCGGGGGGCCCCGCCUCCGCCAAGCCCGCGCCCCGCGCCAAGGAGCCCAGGCACUUCAAGCUGUGCCCGGGACACAGCCCCCUGGACCCGACGCCCCCCAUGCUGAUGCAGCCCAUCUCUGCCCUGCUGGCCUCCGACCCCACCGGCUGCCCCCGCUGCCAGCACAAAGGGGGCCACCGGCCCUCGGGCCUGGGCAGCACCGACUCGGGGCAGGAGGGCUCGGGCUCGGGGGGCUCCGGCGGUGGAGAGGAUGAGGCCGAUGGGGACGGGGCCCGGAGCAGCGAGGACGGGGCCUCUUCGGGGCUGGGGAAGGAGGACGAGGAGGAGCAGGCAGACGGGGCCGCCCGGCUCUGCGGGGACGUGUGGCGGGAGAUGCGCGCCAAGCUGCGAGGCAUCGUGGACAGCAAGUACUUCAACCGGGGCAUCAUGAUGGCCAUCCUGGUCAACACCGUCAGCAUGGGCAUCGAGCACCACGAGCAGCCCGAGGAGCUGACCAACGUCCUGGAGAUCUGCAACGUGGUCUUCACCAGCAUGUUCGCCCUGGAGAUGCUCCUGAAGCUGGCCGCCUUCGGGCUCUUCGAUUACCUGCGCAACCCCUACAACAUCUUCGACAGCAUCAUCGUCAUCAUCAGCAUCUGGGAGAUCGUGGGGCAGGCGGACGGCGGGCUGUCGGUGCUGCGGACCUUCCGGCUGCUGCGGGUGCUGAAGCUGGUGCGCUUCAUGCCCGCGCUGCGGCGCCAGCUGGUGGUGCUCAUGAAGACCAUGGACAACGUGGCCACCUUCUGCAUGCUGCUCAUGCUCUUCAUCUUCAUCUUCAGCAUUCUCGGGAUGCACAUCUUUGGCUGCAAAUUCAGCCUCCGCACAGACACGGGAGAUACAAUCCCCGACAGGAAGAACUUCGACUCCCUGCUCUGGGCCAUCGUCACGGUGUUCCAGAUCCUCACCCAGGAGGACUGGAACGUCGUCCUCUACAACGGCAUGGCCUCCACCUCCCCCUGGGCCUCCCUCUACUUUGUUGCCCUCAUGACCUUCGGCAACUACGUGCUCUUCAACCUGCUGGUGGCCAUCCUGGUGGAGGGCUUCCAGGCGGAGGGUGACGCCAAUCGCUCCUACUCGGACGAGGACCAGAGUUUAUCGAACACGGAGGAGUUUGACAAGCUGCAGGAGGGCCUGGACAGCCUCGGAGAUCCCAAGCUUUACCCAAUUCCUCUGACUCCCAAUGGGCACCUGGACCUCAGUCUUCCCCUGUGUGGACAUCUGGGCCCCGUUGGGACCGUGGCACCUGCCCGCCUGUCGCUGCAGCCGGACCCUAUGCUGGUGGCCCUGGGCUCCCGCAAGAGCAGUGUCAUGUCGCUGGGGAGGGUGAGCUAUGACCAGCGCUCCCUGUCCAGCUCCAGGAGCUCCUACUGUGGGCCGUGGGGCCGCAGCGGGGCCUGGGCCAGCCGCCGCUCCAGCUGGAACAGCCUCAAGCACAAGCCGCUGUCGGCGGAGCACGAGUCCCUGCUGUCGGCGGAGCGCGGCGGGGCCCGGGCCUGCGAGGGCGCCCGGGACGAAGGGCCGCCGCGGGCCGUGCCCCUGCACACCCCGCACGUCUACCACGCGCAUCACGGGCCCCACUCGACCCACCGCCACCACUACCACCACCACCACCGCCGGACACUGUCCCUGGACACCCGAGACGCGGUGGACCUGGCCGAGCUGGGACCCCCUGUGGGCACCCACCCCCGGGCGGCCUGGCGGGCAGCGGGCCCAGGCCCCGGGCACGAGGACUGCAAUGGUAGGAUGCCCCACAUCGCCAAGGAGGUCUUCACGCAGAUGGGUGACCGCCGGGACCACGGGGAGGAUGAGGAGGAGGUGGACUACACUCUGUGUUUCCGGGUGCGCAAGAUGAUCGACGCAUACAAACCCGUGUGCGAGAUCCGCGAGGACUGGUCUGUCUACCUCUUCUCCCCUGAGAACAGGUUCCGGGUCCUGUGCCAGACCAUCAUUGCCCACAAGCUCUUCGACUACGUCGUCCUGGCCUUCAUCUUCCUCAACUGCAUCACCAUCGCCCUGGAGCGGCCCCAGAUUGAGGCCGGCAGCACCGAACGCAUAUUCCUUACCGUGUCCAACUACAUCUUCACCGCCAUCUUCGUGGGCGAGAUGACACUGAAGGUGGUCUCGCUGGGCCUGUACUUCGGGGAGCAGGCGUACCUGCGCAGCAGCUGGAACGUGCUGGACGGCUUUCUGGUCUUCGUGUCCAUCAUCGACAUCGUGGUUUCCCUGGCCUCGGCCGGUGGAGCCAAGAUCUUGGGGGUCCUCCGGGUCCUGCGGCUCUUGCGCACCCUACGACCCUUGCGGGUCAUCAGCCGGGCCCCGGGCCUGAAGCUGGUGGUAGAGACUCUCAUCUCCUCCCUUAAGCCCAUCGGCAACAUUGUCCUCAUCUGCUGUGCCUUCUUCGGCUCUAAGCUCUUCAAGGGCAAGUUUUACCAUUGCCUCGGUGUGGACACCCGCAACAUCACCAACCGUUCUGACUGCAUGGCUGCCAACUACCGCUGGGUCCAUCACAAGUACAACUUCGACAACCUGGGCCAGGCAGGCCCCUGCCCACUUCCGGCCUCGCCGUUAUCUCCUCUCCUGGGGGCCUGCCAGGCCUGGCCAGCUGAGAGCCUCCGGCGGCUGCCUACAAAGCCCCCCAACUGCUCCUAUUUCUUGAAGGCCCACCCGGUGCUGGACUUCAUCUCCUUCCUGCUCAUCGUCAGCUUCUUCGUGCUCAACAUGUUCGUGGGCGUCGUGGUGGAGAACUUCCACAAGUGCCGGCAGCACCAGGAGGCCGAGGAGGCGCGGCGGCGCGAGGAGAAGCGGCUGCGGCGCCUGGAAAAGAAGCGCCGGAAGGCCCAGCGGCUGCCCUACUAUGCCACCUACUGUCCCACCCGGCUGCUCAUCCACUCCAUGUGCACCAGCCACUACCUGGACAUCUUCAUCACCUUCGUCAUCUGCCUCAAUGUGGUCACCAUGUCCCUGGAACACUACAACCAGCCGAUGUCCCUGGAGAUAGCCCUCAAGUACUGCAACUACUUUUUCACCACUGUCUUUGUGCUGGAGGCUGUGCUGAAGCUGGUGGCAUUUGGUCUGAGGCGUUUCUUCAAGGACCGGUCCCGAGUGCUGAAGCUGCUGAAGAUGGCCACGGGCAUGCGGGCCCUGCUGGACACGGUGGUGCAGGCUCUGCCCCAGGUGGGCAACCUGGGCCUCCUCUUCAUGCUGCUCUUCUUCAUCUACGCCGCCCUGGGCGUGGAGCUCUUCGGGAAGCUGGUCUGCAACGACGAGAACCCGUGCGAGGGCAUGAGCCGGCACGCCACCUUCGAGAACUUCGGCAUGGCCUUCCUCACGCUCUUCCAGGUCUCCACGGGCGACAACUGGAACGGGAUCAUGAAGGACACGCUUCGGGACUGCACCCACGACGAGCGCAGCUGCCUGAGCAGCCUGCAGUUCGUGUCGCCGCUGUACUUCGUCAGCUUCGUGCUCACGGCCCAGUUCGUGCUCAUCAACGUGGUGGUGGCCGUGCUCAUGAAGCACCUGGACGACAGCAACAAGGAGGCGCAGGAGGACGCAGAGAUGGACGCCGAGCUGGAGCUCGAGAUGGCCCAGGGCCUGGGGCCCGGCCCGCGGCUGCCCGUCGGAGGCCCGGGGGGGCCAGGCGGAGGGGGCGAUGUCGAAGGCCACCUGUGCCCGCACUGCUACUCUCCAGCCCAGGAGAACCUGUGGCUGGACAGCGUCUCUUUAAUCAUCAAGGACUCCUUGGAGGGGGAGCUGACCAUCAUUGACAACCUGUCCGGGUCCGUCUUCCACCACUACUCCUCCCCGGCCGGCUGCCGGAGCUGCCAUGACAAGCAGGAGGUGCAGCUGGCCGAGACAGAAGCCUUCUCCCUGAACUCAGACAAGUCCUCGUCCAUCCUGCUGGGCGAUGACCUGAGUCUGGAGGACCCCACAGCCUGCCCGCUUCGCUCCAAAGACAGCAAGGGUGAGCCGGACCCGGCUGAGCCCAUUCGCGUGGGGGACCUGGGCGAAUGCUUCUUCCCCUUGUCCAACACGGCCGUCUCCUCGGGUCCGGAGACCCUCCUGUGCGAGAUGGAGGCGAUUGCGUUCAACCCCGUCCAGUCCUGGCUGAAACAGGAGGGCAGCCAAGCGGCACCUUCGAGCCCCUUCUCCCCAGAGGCCUCCAGCCCGCUCCUGCCCAUGCCAGCCGAGUUCUUCCACCCCGCCGUGUCCUCCAGCCAGAAGGGGCAGGAGAAGGGCGCCGGGGCCGGGGCCCUCCCCAAGAUCGCCCUGCAGGGCUCCUGGGCAUCCCUGCGGUCACCGAGCGUCAACUGCACCCUCCUCCGGCAGGUUCAGCAGCACAGCAGCCUGGCUGCCGGCCCGGCCGCCCCGGGCCGCCGCGCCCUCGGCCUGGCCCGGAGCCCCUCCUGGGCCGCGGAUCACAGCAAAGACCCGCGGGGCCCGCCCCAGCCCCCCGGAGAGCUGCAGCCCGCAGACGCUGCCAGCAAGAGGAAGAGAUGA